AUCAUGCGCAGAGAAGCCACACGUGUUAUGUUUUCAUGGAGGUGGUUGGUAAUCUGCUUCGGUAAUUUGUAAAUCGUAAUAUUCUAAAGGAAACGCACAAUUUAAAUCAUAAGUGAUCAACAAAACCAGCAAACAUGGGGAAGAAACUCAAAGUUGGAAAGACCAGAAAAGAUAAAUUCUACCACUUAGCAAAGGAAACGGGUAAGAUUGGUCAACUCAGCCAGAGAACUCAUCGUGCUAUUAGCCCCAUUUAAAUGGCCUAACUAAAUCAAGUCAACUUAAUUGAUACAGUAACUAAACAGUAAGCUAGUUGUACUGUGUGCUUUUGAGUUUAAACAGAUAAUGUAACGUUAGCUACCUAGCUAAUGUUGCUCAUCAGGGAUUGGCUACCAUUGAUCAUAUAGCCAUCAAGAUUCAAGAAUAUAGCUAUCUAGAUAGAUACUGUAGCUAACUGGCUUCUCAGGGUUAUGAUAGUGAUAAUGAUAGUUGAAGCCAGCUGGAUCGUGUUGCAUUAAAACAGCUGGCUAUGUAGAAACGACAUUGUCUGGUUAUGUGUGUGUAAUACUCUCCUCUCCUCUCCCUCAGGAUAUCGUUCACGUUCUUCCUUCAAGCUUAUUCAGCUGAACCGAAAAUUCCAGUUCUUGCAGAAAGCCAGGGCUCUGGUGGAUUUAUGUGCUGCCCCAGGUGGUUGGUGAGUACAGUAGCUAGCUGCAUCACUUGUCACAUUAUCUCAAUUUUUUUACAUUUUUAGUCAUUUAGCAGACGCUCUUAUCCAGAGCGACUUACAGUUAGUGAGUGCAUACAUUUUCAUACUGGCCCCCCGUGGGAAGCAAACCCACAACCCUGGCAUUGCAAGCACCAUGCUCUACCAACUGAGCUACAGGGGACCCUCAAUAUACUCUCAGCUAGCUAUUUGAUAUGUUAAACAUUAACCUGUCCUGUAGUAGGCCUAUGAAGUAUUGUCGUCUCUUGUUUUGAAUAGCUGGGUCUGAAUUAUUUUACUUUUUGUUUUACAUUAUUUCUCUCUGUCAUACCUUAGGUUACAGGUGGCGUCCAAGUUUAUGCCAGUCUCCAGUCUUAUUAUUGGUGAGUCAAACCUCGUCUCAGCCAUGUCUAAUAUAUACCAACUGCUGUUUUACGUAAUACUGAGCCAACAUCUUAAACGUGCCGUUAUCGUUAUUUGAUGGUGUCAUCACGUUCCUAUCUCCUAAGGUGUCGACUUGGUCCCAAUCAAAUCUAUUCCCAACGUGGUCGCUCUGACAGAGGACAUCACCACAGACAAAUGCCGACAGGUAUGUACAUACACUAAGGUCAUAGGUCAAAUUAGUGAAUCUGUUAUUUAAACCACAACAGGAUGGUGUUUUAAUGUAGGUUCAUCGCAGUAGAGUGUUGACAUAACUCCUAUUGAAUGUUCUAGGACAGUAUUCUCUGAUACACUGUUAUAUGCAUUGGUAACUUCAUUUUUGCAUCACCAAAUUGUGACAACUUUAGUCCAAAGAGGACAGUGUGAUGUAACUGUUGUUUUGGCCAGGCUCUGAAGAAGGAGCUCCAGACCUGGAAGGUGGACGUGGUGCUAAAUGAUGGAGCUCCAAAUGUUGGAGCCAACUGGGUGCAUGACGCCUUCUCUCAGGGUAGGUAACGCACUGAUAACACCUUUUUAUAUGCAAACUCAGAGAAAAUAAGCUUAACACAUGAAACCAAGUUUGUCCGUCCCAUCAGCACUCUCAUAACAUAUGUACAGUAGAAAUGUGUAUUAGAUUAACAGUACAUGAAUGACAUUCGCAUUUAGUAAAUAAGUGUCGAGGCGCAGAACACAAUCAAAGAAGAAAAACCCCCCAGCUGUUUGUCACUUUGUCUUACUUGGAACCCUCCUCUCCCUACCAGCUCAUCUGACCCUGAUGGCCCUGAAGCUGGCGUGCGACUUUCUGGCCAAAGGGGGCACGUUUGUCACCAAGGUGUUCCGCUCCAAAGACUACCAGCCACUGAUGUGGAUCUUCCAGCAGUUCUUCAAGAAGGUGCAGGCCACCAAGCCCCAGGCCUCCAGAAAUGAGUCGGCUGAGAUCUUCGUCAUCUGCCAGGGUGGGUUGGUUCACCCGGACUCUCUCUAGCAGAUUUGGAAAAGUGAAAAGUGCCAUUGAUUUUCAUUGAGGAUUUUUCCCUUCUAAUUGGAAUUACUAUUCACUUCCUGAAUUGACAUGGAAUUGACUCCAACCCUGCUCCUUAGCACCAGUUAUCUAGUGUCAAUUGAGAAAUAUAUACUUUGGGUUUAUUGUGGUAAAUGUUGGUCCUGUUGAGUAACUGAGGAUGGGACUUCAUUCCAUUUCAGGCUACCUGGCCCCAGACAAAAUUGACAACAAGUUCUUCGACCCCAAACAUGCUUUCAAAGAGGUGGAGGUCCAAGCCAAGGCUAUUAAAGACCUGGUGCCUGUGAAGAAACCAAAGGUGUGUGUGCGCCUGUGUGUAAUUCUUCACAUGAAGUCUUCUGAAUGAACAGACUAUAAUUCAGUGGCUUCAUUCAUUCAUGCUGUGUUUCAGGCGGAGGGAUACACAGACGGUGAUCUGACCCUGUACCACACCUUCUCAGCGACCGCCUUCCUCAAGGCUGACAACCCUGUGGAUUUCCUGAGCAAAGCCAAUGAGGUGAGACACAUCAUACAGAACUUUACAAUGGCAGUCAGCAUUGAUGGCAAGUUAGUAGUAAGUUAACUUGCUAGCCAGCUAAACAACAUUUAGCUACAAUAGCAUUUUUGUCUCUGAGCAGACUUAAAUAUUGUAUUUAUUGGGGUGUCCCUCCAGAUCAAUUUUGACAACCCUGAGUUGGAGUCUCACGAGGCCACCUCCGACGAGGUCAAAGAGUGUUGCGGUGACAUCAAGGUUCUGGGCCGCAAGGAGCUCCGGUAAGCCAAUGAGAUUGUUGUACUAUAAUGAUAACAAUACACUGACUUUAUAAAGCGUUUUUUAUAGACCCAAAUAUGUACUGCAACUCGAGUCUUGUCACCGGGCCCCCUCCUCUUGGGCUCUCAUAUGACCUUUGCCCUCUGAAUGUGUGUGUCCCCAGUCUGCUGCUAAACUGGAGGUCCAAGCUGAGGAGAUACCUGGCUAAGAAGCUAAAGGACGAAGCCAAACAGCUGGAUGAGGACAUCAAGUAAGAAUCCCUUUGAACAUUCCUUCAUCUUCAUAAUUACAGCAAGUUCUGAGAUAGACUCCCAGUCCAGAUUCAACCCCCAAGAUUCCCAGUCCAGAUUCAACCCCCUAGACUCCCAGUCCAGAUUCAACCCCUAGACUCCCAGUCCAGAUUCAACCCCAUAGACUCCCAGUCCAGAUUCAACCCCCUAGACUCCCAGUCCAGAUUCCACCCCCUAGACUCCCAGUCCAGAUUCCACCCCCUAGACUCCCAGUCCAGAUUCCACCCCCUAGACUCCCAGUCCAGAUUCAACCCCCAAGAUUCCCAGUCCAGAUUCAACCCCCUAGACUCCCAGGCCAGAUUCCAACCCCCUAGACUCCCAGUCCAGAUUCCAACCCCCUAGACUCCCAGUCCAGAUUCCAACCCCCUAGACUCCCAGUCCAGAUUCAACCCCUAGACUCCCAGUCCAGAUUCAACCCCUAGACUCCCAGUCCAGAUUCAACCCCUAGACUCCCAGUCCAGAUUCAACCCCUAGACUCCCAGUCCAGAUUCAACCCCUAGACUCCCAGUCCAGAUUCAACCCCUAGACUCCCAGUCCAGAUUCAACCCCUAGACUCCCAGUCCAGAUUCCAACCCCCUAGACUCCCAGUCCAGAUUCCACCCCCUAGACUCCCAGUCCAGAUUCCACCCCCUAGACUCCCAGUCCAGAUUCCACCCCCUAGACUCCCAGUCCAGAUUCCACCCCCUAGACUCCCAGUCCAGAUUCAACCCCCUAGACUCCCAGUCCAGAUUCAACCCCCUAGACUCCCAGUCCAGAUUCCAACCCCCUAGACUCCCAGUCCAGAUUCAACCCCCUAGACUCCCAGUCCAGAUUCAACCCCCUAGACUCCCAGUCCAGAUUCAACCCCCUAGACUCCCAGUCCAGAUUCAACCCCCUAGACUCCCAGUCCAGAUUCAACCCCCUAGACUCCCAGUCCAGAUUCAACCCCUAGACUCCCAGUCCAGAUUCAACCCCCUAGACUCCCAGUCCAGAUUCAACCCCCUAGACUCCCAGUCCAGAUUCCACCCCCUAGACUCCCAGUCCAGAUUCCACCCCCUAGACUCCCAGUCCAGAUUCCACCCCCUAGACUCCCAGUACAGAUUCACCCCCUAGACUCCCAGUCCAGAUUCCACCCCCUAGACUCCCAGUCCAGAUUCCACCCCCUAGACUCCCAGUCCAGAUUCAACCCCCUAGACUCCCAGUCCAGAUUCAACCCCCUAGACUCCCAGUCCAGAUUCCACCCCCUAGACUCCCAGUCCAGAUUCCACCCCCUAGACUCCCAGUCCAGAUUCCAACCCCCUAGACUCCCAGUCCAGAUUCCAACCCCCUAGACUCCCAGUCCAGAUUCCACCCCAUAGACUCCCAGUCCAGAUUCCACCCCCUAGACUCCCAGUCCAGAUUCCACCCCCUAGACUCCCAGUCCAGAUUCCAACCCCCUAGACUCCCAGUCCAGAUUCCACCCCCUAGACUCCCAGUCCAGAUUCCACCCCCUAGACUCCCAGUCCAGAUUCAACCCCCUAGACUCCCAGUCCAGAUUCCACCCCCUAGACUCCCAGUCCAGAUUCCACCCCCUAGACUCCCAGUCCAGAUUCCACCCCCUAGACUCCCAGUCCAGAUUCCACCCCCUAGACUCCCAGUCCAGAUUCCACCCCCUAGACUCCCAGAUUCCACCCCCUAGACUCCCAGUCCAGAUUCACCCCCUAGACUCCCAGUCCAGAUUCAACCCCCUAGACUCCCAGUCCAGAUUCAACCCCCUAGACUCCCAGUCCAGAUUCAACCCCCUAGACUCCCAGUCCAGAUUCAACCCCCUAGACUCCCAGUCCAGAUUCAACCCCCUAGACUCCCAGUCCAGAUUCAACCCCCUAGACUCCCAGAGGCUCCUGGUAGAACAGAUACAGGUAGGUACAGUAUGGAAAUAGCUCCACCUAGUCUUCUGUUUGUUCCCUCCAUUUUGUUUUACACCCAUCCAGUCUUAACAGAUAUGAGUGUAUCAUGAUUUGCCUAUCUAGGGGUUGGGGCUGAUUUUGGUAGACAAGAUAAUCUCUUUUACAAGGGUAUGAGAUAUUUGUCAGGUUCUAAAUGAAUAUUAUUUGAAGUUGCACAUCCCAUUAUAAAGAGCAGUAGGCAUCAACAACAUUGGUCUUUAUUGUUGUGGUUGUCUGCAGACUGAGUUCAGGUGAGGAGGCGAGCGACGCAGAGGAGAAGAAGGAGGAGAAGAAGGAGAAGAAGGAGGAGAAGAAAAUGACGGUGGCUGAAAAGAAGGAAGAAGAGGCCGAGUUGGAGGAGGUAGAGAUGGACCAGAAGCUGGCCGAGCUGAAAGCCGAGGAGGUGGCAGAGCUGAGACGGUAAGUCUUUAUACUGAGGAGGUGGCAGAGCUGAGACGGUAAGUCUUUAUACAGAGGAGGUGGCAGAGCUGAGACGGUAAGUCUUUAUACUGAGGAGGUGGCAGAGCUGAGACGGUAAGUCUUUAUACUGAGGAGGUGGCAGAGCUGAGACGGUAAGUCUUUAUACAGAGGAGGUGGCAGAGCUGAGACGGUAAGUCUUUAUACUGAGGAGGUGGCAGAGCUGAGACGUUAAGUCUUUAUACUGAGGAGGUGGCAGAGCUGAGACGGUAAGUCUUUAUACUGAGGAGGUGGCAGAGCUGAGACGGUAAGUCUUUAUACUGAGGAGGUGGCAGAGCUGAGACGGUAAGUCUUUAUACAGAGGAGGUGGCAGAGCUGAGACGGUAAGUCUUUAUACUGAGGAGGUGGCAGAGCUGAGACGGUAAGUCUUUAUACUGAGGAGGUGGCAGAGCUGAGACGGUAAGUCUUUAUACUGAGGAGGUGGCAGAGCUGAGACGGUAAGUCUUUAUACUGAGGAGGUGGCAGAGCUGAGACGGUAAGUCUUUAUACUGAGGAGGUGGCAGAGCUGAGACGGUAAGUCUUUAUACUGAGGAGGUGGCAGAGCUGAGACGGUAAGUCUUUAUACUGAGGAGGUGGCAGAGCUGAGACGGUAAGUCUUUAUACAGAGGAGGUGGCAGAGCUGAGACGGUGUCUAUACUCACUGCUCACCUACCUGCUCUCUAAUGCAUAUACCAACAAUGGUAUUUGAUGGAUCAAUAUAGAAUUUCACUUUUCCCAAGGGGAACUUGGGGUGUGGCAUUCGGACUAGACAGUACAAAACAUACAUAAUAGCACUGUGCACAAUUCACACAUUACAGAUACAGUACACAAGUCCCAAGAAUCAAUGUUCAUUAAAAAGCCUUACUGAUGCCAGCCCAAAACUGGUCUCUUGGUCUUGAGAGGUAGAGAUCUGAGUCUGCGGCCUGAUGGCAACUGCUUCCUCAUUGUUAAGGGGGAGUUAUGAUAUGACCGAUAUGCUAUAUAUUUCCUGUUGACAUGUUUGUUGGUGUAUUGUGUGACCAGUGCUGUAUUGUCCAAUGUGAGGUGUUGUGCUGACGUGCGUGCUGGUGUGUUGUGCCAACCAGGAAGAAGAAGAAGCUUCUAAAGGAGAGGAGGAAGCAGAGGGAGAGGGUGGCACUGAAGAUGGACCUGCCGGGAGUCUCCAUCGCAGACGGCAAUGACUCCUCCAUGUUCUCCCUCGCAACCAUUAACAAGGCCAAGGUAACAGACGGAUAUGCAUGCACACACACACACACCAAUUGACCAUGGACAGAAUGGACAUUGUUUUAAAUAGAUUUUAGAAAGGUUGUUUUUGUUUUUGACUAAUAAAAUGGUAAUAUUGUUUCUCAUCUUUCUGGUAAUAUCUCUUGAUUCUGAAAAGUUUGAGUGCUAUAUAACAUUCCUUCCUCCCCUCAUUCCCUGUCCCUCUCCUAGGCCCUGUGUGAGAUCACCAAGGGGGACAUGAAGUUGGCUGAUGCCAUGGUGGAGGGGGAGGAGGACCUGUACUUCUCUGACGACGCUGACAGUGACGAGGUCUCCCUGGUCUCUGACCUGGACGAUGACGACUUGGAUGAGAUCAUAGAGAAACAGAAGGAGAUGGCCAAGGACAAGGCCACCAAGAAAAAGUAAGUAUUUCACUCAGUCUCUCUCUCUGCAUCUCUGUCUCACUGCUUUUGACACUCAGAGCAGUCACUUCUAACUUCGUAUGCUUUUACAUUGAAGUACUUCUAAUCAAUCCACUUUUGGCUCAUAACUUCAUAAGAAUGUUGGCAAAACUGCUGUUUCAAUGUUACUGUUUUUUUCAAUGCUUGGUGUGUGUGUUGCAGAGUGUCCUUCAGUGUGGAAGAGGAGGAGGAGGAGGAGGAGGAGGAGGAAGGGAGUGGACUGAUAGUGGAGCUGGAGGGAAAGGAGGAGAAGAGAGACCGUGAGACCAGCAUGUGGUUCAGCAAGGUCUGUAGUACAGACACACAACACGCUGUACCCACCCACAACACGCCGUAACCACCCACCCACUAACACACUGUACCCACCCAUCCACUAACACACUGUACCCACCCAUCAACACACAACACGCUGUACCCACCCACACAACACGCUGUACCCACCCACACAACACGCUGUACACACCCACCCACCCACACAACACGCUAACACACACGCUCACCACGCUGUACCCACCCACCCACUAACACAGAUACAUGCUCACCGACACAUAACAUGCUGUACGCAUGCACCCACUAACACACACACUAACACAGACAUCCUUGUGCACAGAGUACUUUAUAAUACACUUUGUUUUCUCAUGCCUGUGACCUCUGACCCCCACAGGACAUCUUCUCUGAACUGGAUCUGGACGGAGAUGCAGAGAGCGAGCUGCGGCAGACACAGAUGCUACAGAACAAGGACCCCACAGGUACAAGAAGAGUACAGCAUCUCAAGACUAAACAUGUCUUCCUCCCCUCCUGUUUGAUAGGUGUAAAUUCCCAGUAGGUGUCCACCAUAUUGCUUUCAGCCCAUUGUAUGUAAAAGGGACGAGUCCACUUUAGACUAUUGAGAUUCGUCCGUAAUGAGAAAAGAGUGUUGGAUGAACCUUUGUCUCCUCCAGCCAAGGGGAAGAAGAGGAAAGCCCAAGAGGAGCCUGAGACGGCCCAGCCUGAGGGGGAAGAGGCGGGGCCUUCACAGGAAGCUGGGGCAGAGGGGGAUAGCGACAGCUGCUCUGAUGACGACAGCAGUGACGAGGAUGAUGAGAGGUCAGGGUUCAUGACUUAUUAAAGAAUAGACUUUGUCACAUUUGUCAUUGUUAACAAAAUAUCCUUUCAAUGAUUUUUCAGGAUUCUGAUAGCGAACAGAUUGAAAAAUGAUUGGAGGAAUUAUCUUCGAUUUGAUUUUAGAUUCAUAUUAGAUGGCACUGUCUUCUAUUUGACAGAUUCCAACAGGGGUAAUGUAGGUAGACAUUAUGACUUGGCUUAUGACCAAAAUAUGCACUUUCCCUGAUGAUCUAAAAGUGUAAACGUGUGGUCUACAGGAGUAUCGCUCAGAUGAAGAAGGCUAAAGGGUCCGGCGGUAUCCAAGGAGACGCUGACGGCGACGACUUCCAGGUGGUGCCAGUGGAGAGCACCAGUGAGUAAAGAGAACAUGGCUAGGGGCGGGCCUUAGAGUGACUGACCUCUGUUUAGACCAAUGGCAAGAUUUAAGCGGUCCUAAAGCUUUAACUGGUGUGUGUUCCCCCAGGCAAGCGUGCUCGCAUCAUGAAUGCAGAGGGUUUAGCCCUGGGAUGUCAGAUCGCCACCUCCAAGAAGAGAGGGAGGGACCUGGUUGAUGGUUCCUUCCACAGGCAAGAUUAGCGGAUUACUGUGUGUGUGUGUGUGUGUGUUCACUAAUGAUGCGUGCAGGCACACCAUAUGAAUGAACAAUACUACUUAUUUAUCCAUGCAUUAUUUGUGUGUGACGAUGUAUGUGUUCAGGUUUGCUAGCUCAGAGGACCAGUGUGAGGUGCCCGAGUGGUUCGUGGAUGACGAGAAGAAACACAGGAAUAAGCCUAUCCCCGUCACCAAGGAGAUGGUGGAGGAGUACAAGGCCAAAUGGAAGGAGAUCAACGCCAGGCCCAUUAAACGAGUGGCAGAGGCCAAGGCCAGGAAGAAGAGGAGGGUAAGAGAGAGAGAUGGUGAUGGAGGAGAGAAUAAUGUAAUGGGGGGUGGAUGGUGGAACAAGAGGGGGGGAAAUGGAAGGGAGACAGGGGAAUGAGAAAGAUGGGGGGAAGAAUAUUGAGGAUAGAGGAGGAGGAUGUAGGGUAAAAAAGGUGGGAGCAGAUGGAGAAAGGGUGAAUAGUCAUGGUGGAGGAUGCAGCAUACAGUAUGUGACCUUAUGUUUAUCUGUGUGGUGUGACAGAUGCUGAAGAAGAUGGAGUCAGCCAAGAAGAAGGCGGAGGCAGUGGUCAACACAGUGGACAUCGGUGAAAGGGAGAAAAUGGCCCAGUUAAAGAGGUACGACUGCCAUUUACACCACCAAAACCACUGCAACUACAUGUACCAUAACCAUUUACAAUGCUACGUCUGUGGCAGUGACCUGUACCAACACAAUAUGACUUUGCUACACCGGUGACUAGCUAAAGAACUACCACUUUACUCUACUACACCUGUGGCAGUGACAUGUACCAACAACAUUUGACUUCAGUAAGUAAAGUCCCUUCUCUCUCCGUUUUAGUAUCUAUAAGAAGGCGGGCGUGGGUAAGGAGAAGAGGGAGGUCACGUACGUCGUGGCCAAGAAGGGCUCUGGAACCAAGAGGGUGCGUCGUCCGGGCGGUGUCAAGGGCCAGUUCAAAGUGGUGGACGGCCGCAUGAAGAAGGACAUGAGAGGCAUGCAGAGGAAAGAGCAGCGUGAGAGAGGGGGCAAGAAAGGAGGAGGCAAGGGCAAAGGAGGAGGCAAGGGCAAAGGAGGAGGCAGAGGUGGAGGUGGAGGCGGCAGAGGUGGAGGCAGAGGAGGUGGAGGAGGAAUGAGGGGGGGAAGAGGACGUCCUGGCAGGAAAUGA